GAAUUACCCGUAACGAAAAGGAGAUUACAGCAUGUAUUUAUUUGGACAGAUUAUGGUCCUUCAUGCUCGUCUUUUCUAGCGAUAGUUCACUAAUUAGAUUCACCUGUGGCAAAAUUGUCCCAAUAGCUACACUCGCACACCGCUAAUUAUGAACUUCGAAAUAAUUUUGGAGGAUGCUUUCGUCAGCAAUAAUGUUGGAGCCAUCACAGCAGCACUUCUGAGGGAGAAAGCCUCCAAGUCGUUGGUUAACAGAUUGAACAAAGUCGCUAACAAGGAACUUGACAGAAGUGUGUUCAAAAGUGUCACUUUGCUUUUGAGAGCAAUUGAAGAUGUAUGCCAGUAUGAUGAAGACUGCUUUAACUGCCUGGCCAGGCAAGGUCUCGUUUACAAGAUGUUGACGUGGUUUGAAAGAGCUGCAGACUUUCUGAAAAUGGAAGAAUACAAAGGCGUGAAGGACCUGCCCAGCCUAAUUGAGACCUUUUUUGAUUUUUUCCUGCGUUUGCCUCCUUCUGUUGAAGACAGAGGUGAGCUCACCAGCGUCUUCCUGCUGCAUGUUGGAGUGGUUGGGACCGACCCAGACGUCACGUUUAGUCUGAGAUUAGAGGCUAUAAGAACGAUUAACUCGAUCCUCGACAAUACCACAAAAGAAGAGAGGAGGAAACUGAGCAUGUCCAAAGACCAUUGUCUACUCCUUGAGCAAUUUGCAAAAGUCAUUCUCAAUGUGGGCGACUAUGAGAUGCAGGUGGCCCUAUCCGAAGCACUCUGUCGAAUGACCAUAAAGAGGUCGAGGAAAGAGCUGACCAGCAAGUGGUUUGCCAACCCAGUUUUUGCAGAGGGCUUCAACGCAAUAAACGAUACAGAAUUUGAGAUAGACUGCAGAACUUUUCUCAAUGACUUGAACAGCUAUUUUGGAGAUGAAAGAAGGGUGUUCACGUUCCCCUGCAUCUGUGUGUUUCUUGACACCACUGAGCUGUUCAUGCCAGAGGAUGAGAAACUGGAACAUUUCUGGGUGGACUUCAACCUAGGAACGUCCUGUAUCAGCCUCUUUGUCAACAACCCCGAGGGUUCACUGUGGGAAUCAAUCCAUUUGCUAAGAGCAGACGUCUUUAGGUUUAGUGUGUGUGACUGUGAUAAUCAGACCAUUCUGACUGUUCACCUGUCCAAUCCCCUCACCUAUCGCAUGACCAAGGGAAAGAUGGUCCAGAUCCUCUUCGAUUCCAAGCAUGACAUCCUGGACGCUGCCAAAAGGGUCUUUGAAAGCAAACGACUACUGCAAAGUGUACGUUCAGAUGACCAGCCAUCGAUACAACACGUCAUGGAACCUUUGCAAUCAGAUCUUGACGUGCUAGCUGCAUUGGAGACCUCAUCACUGUCCCCUACUCUGGCAACUGCAGGCAGCACAGGGAUCCCUGCUGUAAACCAGACCAGUCUGGCAACAACUCUGUCUCAGGAAAGAAUUGAAACUUCACCGGAGGACAUAUUCGAACUGUGUGCCAGCUCUGACACUGAGGUGGCCAGAGCAAAAACGAGGCUCUUCAGCACUCAGUCUCUCUCCUCUGGCGGGUCAACACACUCCACCCCAACCAACAAGGAGAAACGGAAGCAAAAGUCUAAAUCAAAAGACUCUCCUCCUCCCCCUGCUGAGGCUGGCAGCAGUGUGAUCCUGUCCCAGCGGGCCAAACACGACUACACCAGGAAGAAGCCCAAAACCAAGAGCAAACUGAAGAGUGAGCAUGCCACGUCCCGACUCCCCUCACACCCACUCAUUCUGUUUGAGUGCUCUGAGCUGCGUUGGUCUAGUAGACACCCUGCUGUAGCCCGUCUCCCCCUCACUCUCUCUACAGUUCUACCCCUGUCCUCUCCCAGCAGUGCAGACGAGGCCUCCCCUGUCAAGCACCGUACACCAGCAUGCAGAUCAGCGGGGGGAACACCAAGUACAAACAUUGCAGAACGGCUAUUUGACAAGCUCAAAGAGGAAGAAUCUCUGGAGUUUCCUCCUCCGUCCAACCUGAUAUCACGAGAUUCAGGCUUCCGUGAUGUGACUGGGGAGGACUGGGACGAAUCUGUGUUUCCCCGAGAGGAACAAGAUGCAUCUACACCUACUGACCAUGUUCCCAAUCAGGAGGCUGGAAUUCAUAGGAAGAGGCCUUGGGCCUCAGCAGAGUGUGCCGACUCGGGAGGUGCAGCGGAGAAGAAGAGUGUGCCGCUAGAAAGUGAUCCAAGGCAAAGACCCAGGGCCUUCUUUCCUUCAGAAACUCUCGAGGAGGCUGCUGAAUCAAUGAGCAGAGUGCUGAAUGAGGAGGUGGAGUCUGAGAUGGAGAUGGGCUCUGGAGUCAUCGCUGCUUUCCAGACCUUCAAGAGCCAGCUGAGAGCGCACUUCUCGUCCAGGUACAAGAAAAUUGAAGCCCGCUCCCUGCAGUCUCUGAUGGACUGUCAGAAAAACGUCACUUCUCUCCUGGGUGCUGUCCAUGACAGCAGGCUGGUCCACCUGGAGCGCUUCCAGGCCACCGUAGUCCAGGAGCUGGGCCGCCUGGAGAAUGACUGCAUCUCGCUCAAAGAGAUUGAGUGUGAAACUGUGAACUUUUGGCAGAGCGAGUCUCAGUCCGUGCGGUCGUUCUGUGACCGACAGCAGCAGAGGUUAGAGUCGCUAGGAGAGCCCAGAGAUGGCUGGAGAAGCAGCAUGUCACAGAGGGAGGAGGCGGCAGCACCACCGGAACCUCCAAAGUAGAAAGCCGGUGACAAAGGAAAUAGAUAAGACUCUCCAGGUCCUGAUGAAACCAACACCACUUUGGACCUUUAUGCUGACAUUGAACCAUGAGUGACGUCGUACAGACGCGUAAUGGCUGAUAGACCAUGACCAAAGUUCUCACACAGGCAAUGACCUACCUUGCAAUUUUUUUUUCUGCCAUUGUUCAAAAUACACUCAAUUAGAGAAAGGAUAAUAAUAGGCUGAUGAAUUUCAGGGACUUGGUUAGACAUCAGAGAGCAAGGCAGACCAUGCGUGUUUAUUCUUUUUUUAAAUAACUUUUGUCAUGUUUGUCGAUAGCCACUCAGACAUUCAGUGAUUGAUUGAGAAAUGCAAUGUAUGAAGUCUACGAAAGUCGUCAGGAAAGCCUGUAAAAUAUAUUUUUUCUAAAGAACCAGUCAAAUGUUUACUAUGUUUUGCACCCAUAAACUUACAUUCAAAUACAGUGGGAUAUAUCAGGUAGGUUUAGCAGUGUUUCUAAGGCAUCAUUAGUUGAACAAUGAUUUGAGUGAAUGCUCUGGAGGGAUAUUUUUGUUGAGUACAUACCGGAGGCUAUAUUCAAUAAAGGCAUAGUUGUGGCCAAAUA